AUUUCGAAACUUCCGUUUCUUUCUGUCCUUGCUCAAAACAAAAGACAAACUACAUAACAUUGUUCCAUUAAGUGUUAGAUAUAUAAUUGGCCACUCGACAUCAACUAAGUGGUUAAGUAUUAAAGAAAAGCAUGUUGUACUAUUAGUAGAUUCUGAUCUCUAGUAAAGUUAAAACUGGGGUAAACUUUAUUUACAUGAACACGGCAUGGACCGUGAUACAUUAAAUCCCUUUAGAGUUUAGAGUGAACUCCCGAUACAUAUAACGAUUUUUUGUUUAAAAGUCACAGCAAAAAAAGCUAGGAAACUAUCCGUAUAAGAAAUAGCCAUUGAUGGAUGCAUCCAAGUUGUGUAAAUGAAAUAUAAGAACAAAGUAUGCUAAUUGAAACAAUAUGUUUGCUGAUGAAGGCUCUAAGCCGAGACGUCCUAAUCGUAUGUCCUGUCUAUGAAAUCAAGUUUUGCCUACCUUGUACUUAGAUUUUAAGAAAUAGUUAAUGUUUGACGUGAUAUCUCAAAGUAAACAUGGAUUUUUAUUUCCAUGAAACAAAGAAUGAAACAAGGCAAUUAAAAACACUUUGUUAAAUCAAAAUAUCUAUCUCUUUAUACGUUUUAAUCAUAUUUUAUUUUAUUUUUUAAAUUCUAUUAUUCUUGUUGUUCUUUGUUUCGUUUCGUUUUAUGUUAUGAGUGCUAAAAUUUAUAAUAGCUAAAAAAAAAAAAAAAAAAAAAAAAAAAAAAAAUUUUUUACUUUUUAAUUGUUUUUUUUUUUUUUUUUUUAAUUUUAUUUUUUUUUUUGUUUUUUUUUUUGUUUUGUUUUUUGUUAUGAUUGGUAAAAUUUAAAAUAACUAAAAAAAAAAAAAAAAAAAAAAAAAGACAAGAACAUUUGAUAUUUAUUUUUCUAACAAUAUUUCAUAAAAAUUAGGUUUGCGUUAAACAUCUGACCAAGCGCACCACACACCCUAGACAUCUUGUUAUCAUCGACGAGUUUGGACUCAAUUCAACAGCAGGAUGCAUUCAAUGAGUCUGUGGGGCUUUCUGACAAUCUCAUGCUUAACAGGUGGGUACUGUUAUUGAAUGAUUGAUUGGCGCCUAAUAAAUAUAGCUUGCUGACGCAUCUGCCACAGCGUUGUGCCUAUAAAAUACAGGAAGACGUGCAUAAUCAAUAAUAACAAUUUCUGAUGGCACUUCAUUCAUCAACCAAUUCGGAGUGGUAUUUAUUCUACGUGCGUUGUAUUGUGUGCAUUUGGUGCGUAGUGCUGAGGAAGCAAUUGCCGAGACCAUUGUGAUCGUCUUCUUCGUUUAUCCUUUUCAACAUCUUUUCAAGCGGAGAGUGGUAUUUACUUCAGAGCCUUUCCCUCUCGUCUGUAACUCAUUCCAAACUUUAUUACUAUGGACCUCUCAGCGUCAAGUGUUCUUAGUUUCUCCUUUGUCGAUCAAUUCUUUAGCUUUAAAUACCACUGCUUUAAGUUCCAUCAUCUAUCCAUUUAGAAUUUAGCUUUUUUUGGUCAAAGAAAUCACUUUUUACCGAAUGUACAGAAACACUUAAAUUAAUAAAAAAAACAAAUAAUAAUAUCGUCGUUAAUAUUAUUAAUAUGGCCGUGCAAUAAUUGCAUUACGCUCUGACGCUUAACGCACAAUGCAAGUUGAUUUUUAACUGUAAAAUAUGCGACAUCAGAUAUCUGGGCAUUAUGUGAAUUAUAUUACUGAGUCCCCAUUCAAAUGGAUUUAGUGUAAAGAAAUAUUCAAAUAAACCAUUGAAUCAAACAUAUUCUGUUUGAAUGACUCGCCAUUUUAUUUGAAAGCAUAAAGUGCAAGAAAACAUAAAUUUGUUUCUCAAGGGUUAACUCGCUCUUCGUCUUCACAGUGACAACAGUUCUGUGCCAGGAUGUGGUGGCAAACUGCUAUGAGAGAAUCGAAGAGUGCAAGAAAGUGGCAUUUGAGGAGGAGGAUGAAGUGUAAUGUUCUUGGUUAUAGAAUUACUCUAAAGUUAUUGUUAGAUAGUGGUUUAAGAUGAUUAGAUCGUGUCACAACAAGGUUAUAUGAUGUUUGAAGAUGAGAAGAUGGUGGUUCAACAAGAUGAGAUAGUAAUUAAGCUAGAGUUGAUGGUGGUUGAACAUGAUUAAGUCGUAGUUUAAUAAUAGCAGAUUGUGGUUGAACAAAAGUAGAUGGUAGUUAAUAAACAUUCAUCAUCAUCAUCGUCAUCAUGUUCCAUUGUCCUUGGACCUUUGGGGCGUCACAUAUGACAUAUGAACUAUCCCCCAUUCGUCUCUGUCUUCUGCACUACGCACAUCAUCGCCCAGUGUUAGUCCUGUCCACUCGUUGAUUGUUAUCUGCCCACCUUUUUCUUUGUCUUCCUCUUCUUCUCUCUCCUCUUGUGGUGCCCUGCAAUAUUUCUUUGGCAAGCCCUUGUUUCCUUGUUACGUGACCGUACAAUUGUAGUUUGAGUUUUUUUAAACAAAACCAUUAGGUCAUCGUACUCCCCUAUUUCCUGGCAAACCCUUUCUUUCACUGUAUCAUUUGAGAUAUGGUUCCUAUAGCAGAUGUCAAAAAUGCUUCUGAAGCAUCUCAUCUCCAUCGUCUUUAUUUUCCUUUCAAGAUCUGCUGUCAAUGUCCAGAAUUCGCAGGCAUACAGGAAAAUGGAGAAGACUAAUGAGCGCAUCAGCCUGAUUUUAGUGCUGGUGGCUAUAUUUUUAUUCCUUCCAUAUUUUCUUGAGCCUCUUUAGUGCUGUUGGACGACAAGGUCUUGUCGAGAAGCCUUAACAGGCUGGUUAGCUCUUCUUAGUUCCCAGCCACUCCGUCUAUGUCGUCCGCAAAGCGUAGGUUGGUGAUUGUUCUGCCAACAAUGCUGACUGUCCCUUCAUGCGCUUCCAGAGCAUCUGACAUAAUUCUCUCUAGGAAGAUAUUGAACAGGGUGGGGGAGAGCAGGUAGCAUUGUCGUGCUCCAACCGUGGUCUUGAACCAUUCUCCGAUGUUGUUAUUGAAGAAAACUGCACGGGUGGCCUUAUAGAGGCUGCAUAUCAUUCUGGUUAGGUUUGUGUUGAUGUUUUAGUGCCUCAUGGUGGACCAUAAAGCAGCAUGCCAAACCCUGUCGAAUACUUUCUUGAAGUCAACAAAGACGUGGUAUAGGUUUUGGUAGUGUUGAGCAUAUUUCUCACAUACUAUUCGGAAAUUUAGAAUCUGCUCAGUAGUGCCCCGUCCUUGUCUGAAGCCCGCCUGUUCUUCAGCAAUGAUUCUGUCGGCAUAUGGUUUUAGUCGGUUCAAUAUGACCUUCAGCAUGACCUUGCUUGGAUGGCUUAUUAGGCUAAUGGUGCGAUAGUUUUGGCAUUGCUGUAGGUUACCUUUUUUGGGGAGGGUGACGAUGAGCGAUAGGGUCCAUGGUUUGGUCCAUUCUCCGGUAAGCCAGAUUUUGUUACAAAUAUUGAAUAGGGCACUUAUCAUUGCUUCUCCUCCUUGUUUCAAUAAUUCGGCAGGGAUAUUAUCCACUCCUGCGGCCUUUCCUGUUUGGAGUGCUUAGACUGCUGUUUCUACUUCUGCGCGGAGAAUAGGGUAGUUAUCAUUGUCUGUUGCUGGAGGGACAUUAAGGAUCUCUGGGUCUAUCUUUAUAUUUUCAUUAUACAGCUCUGAACAGUAUUCAGUCCAUCGUGUUAUGAUAUUAUUUUCCUCGGUCAAACAUUUACCAUUUUUAUCCUGUAUGGUUAUACUACGCCCUUGUUUUGCAGUGGUUAGUUCUUUCACCAACUGGUAAGCUUUUUUGCUAUUUUUCUUCUUUAAGCAGUUUUCAAUGUUGUAGCAUUACCCUUCAAUCCAGUUCUCCUUUGCCCUUUUCAUACGUUUUUUGGUGGCUUGGUUAACUAUCGUAUAUUUAAUGGCCUCCUCUGUAUCUACCAUUUGUGUUUUCUUUAACUGCAUCCGUUUAUCACACAGAUCAAGUAUGUCAGCUGUCAACCAUGGUUUUCGGGUUGGUCGAUGUUUACUGAGGAUGUCGUGAGCUGUGUCCGUCACAGCUGUGUUGAAGUUAUCAAUUACAUGUGUCCAUGUCUGAACAGUCGGCAUCUAUGAUGUUUUGCGCUACAAAUUUUCCUACUAUUAUUGCCUGGAAGGCUUCUGCUACUUUGGGAUCCCUCAACUUUUCAAGGUCGAAUUUGAUUCUGGUAUUUCCUUUUUUGUUUACCCUCUUUAAGUGCAGCCUAAAGGUCAUCAUGACCAGGUCGUGGUCGCUUCCAAUGUCAACCCCAGGGAAGCUUCGAGUCUUGGCAAUGUUUAUACUAGACCGGAAGCGUGUUUGCAACAUGAUGUUGACAGUCUGGUUGUGGUGUUUUCCACUGGGGCUGUGCCCUGUGGUUUUCCUGGACAUUUUAUGUGCACCUAAUGUGUUGGCCAGUAUGAGUUCGUUGAGGCUGGCGAAUUCCAAGAGCCUCAGACCUCUCUCUCGUUUGAAGUUGCGUUACAGUGGCGUCCGCACGUUCCUUUCCAGUUUUCGUAGAUUAGAUGGUAGUUAAACACGAUUGGUUGAUAGCUAUACGGGAGUAGAUUAUGAUUGAACAUGAGUUAAUGGUUGUUGAACAUGACUAGGUUGUGAUUGCAUUCAACCAUACUCUACUGAGCACUCAAACAUAAUGUACUGAAAUAUACAUUAAUAUGUUAUCUUUUACACUUCUAUUUAAAAUAUUUGUCUACGUAACUAGUAACUUCAAAAAUAGGAUCACGUGUGGGAACCAAUGAAUCUCAAAUUUAAAAUGCGUGUGUUUAUUGCAUUAUGUAGGCAGGGGGUUAUUUAAGGUGAAUCGGAUGCAGUUUAAAUAUCUCAAUAGAUGGAGUUAUAGCCCAAAUAUUGUUAGUUUAUAUUACACAAUAUACUACUAAAACUAUUAAGUCUUUACGUUUCGAUCGGCAUCACAGCUAUACAAUCAUCUAACGUUAUUUUCAAGGGAUGCAUGACGAAAGUCAACUUUUAUGUUUUCCAGAAAAAGGAACGAAGAACUGACAAAUUGCUUCGGAGGUUUUAAGUGUGAGCCAGAGGCAGACUCUGAACGUGAGAACCUGAAAGAGGGAGCUUCAGCUAGAGUCGAAGGUGAAUAGAUUCAACAUUUAUUCGUAUUCUAGUUAAUGCAAAUUGCACGUCUCGCCUUAGGGGUGAUGAUGCGAGCUAUUGAAACACAACAUUAAAACAAGUGACGGAAUGGUACAAACCAAUUAUACCAAUAAUGCACCACGUUCUGAUGACAAAACAAGAAGCAAGCGCUAAGCAUGAGAUAGAAGAAGACCUUUAAAAAAAUUUCACAAGAUUGCCACAAUCACGGUUUAUUUCAUAACGCCAUAACGCUCAUUGUACUUUUCAUGACAUGUUCGUGUCCAACGUUCGUGUCCAUUUGAAAACGUUGCAUGGCAAUGUGGUAUCUCCACGGUCUUCAUAACUCUGUCGCCUAUCACCGUAUCCAUCACUGAUCAUCACAACACCUCAUGUCAACAGAUUUCCUAACUUCAAUUAAAAGAUCGCGUCUCUCAACGUCAUACAGCCCAAUGCUCAUCAGGAUGUUUAUUAUUGCAACACUUCACCUUGGACAUCGUGGUAACUUCCAUCGCCGUGUCUCCUAUUGUUAAUCUCGCGGAGUCCUAACUCUAAACCUGCUUCUUUUUUUUUUUCGCUUUUUUUUUUACACACUGUGUCCUGAUGUUAAAGUUAAACAUUGUUCAUGUCAUCACGCUGUGUCUAAACGCAUUACCCCCCCCCCCCCCGCCCUCUUACAUUUGUUACUAAAUGUGUCUCAUAACGCCAUACCUUAAAUUGUUACUAAGUGUAUCUCAUAACGCCAAAUCUGUCAUUGUUACUCAAUGUGUCUCAUUUCGCCAAACCUUACAUUUGUUACUAAAUGUGUCUCAUAACGCCAUACCUUAAAUUGUUACUAAGUGUAUCUCAUAACGCCAAAUCUGUCAUUGUUACUCAAUGUGUCUCAUUUCGCCAAACCUUACAUUUGUUACUAAAUGUGUCUCAUAACGCCAUACCUUAAAUUGUUACUAAGUGUAUCUCAUAACGCCAAAUCUGUCAUUGUUACUCAAUGUGUCUCAUUUCGCCAAACCUUACAUUUGUUACUCAAUGUGUCUCAUAACGCCAUACCUUAAAUUGUUACUAAGUGUAUCUCAUAACGCCAAAUCUGACAUUGUUACUCAAUGUGUCUCAUAACGCAAUAUCUUACAUUGUUACUCAAUGUGUCUCAUAAUGCGAAACUUUACAUUGUUACUCAAUGUGUCUCAUAAUGCCAUACCUGACAUUGUUGCUCAAUGUGUCUCAUAAUGCCAUACCUGACAUUGUUGCUCAAUGUGUCUCAUAACGCCAUACCUGACAUUGUUACUCAAUGUGUCUCAUAAUGCCAUACCUGACAUUGUUGCUCUAUGUGUCUCAUAACGCCAUACCUGACAUUGUUACUCAAUGUGUCUCAUAACGCCAUACCUGACAUUGUUACUCAAUAUGUCUCAUAAUGCCAUACCUGACAUUGUUGCUCGAUGUGUCUCAUAACGCCAUACCUGACAUUGUUACUCAAUAUGUCUCAUAAUGCCAUACCUGACAUUGUUGCUCUAUGUGUCUCUUAACGCCAUACCUGACAUUGUUACUCAAUGUGUCUCAUAAUGCCAUACCUGACAUUGUUGCUCUAUGUGUCUCAUAACGCCAUACCUGACAUUGUUACUCAAUGUGUCUUAUAAUGCCAUACCUGACAUUGUUGCUCUAUGUGUCUCAUAAUGCCAUACCUGACAUUGUUGCUCUAUGUGUCUCAUAACGCCAUACCUGACAUUAUUACUCAAUGUGUCUCAUAACGCCAUACCUGACAUUAUUACUCAAUGUGUCUCAUAACGCCACACCUGACAUUGUUACUCAAUGUGUCUCACAACGCCAUAGCUUGUUGUUUUGUUCAUUAUUUCAUACAACGCUUUAUAUGCUCCUAUCUUCAUUUAGGUGUCUCCUGACGACAAACCCCCAUUGAUUAUGUCAUGCCGUUUUCUCCCAAAUCCAUUCCCGACAUUGACUCAUAACGUGAUGUCCCCCACUUUUCGUUUCAUGCUGCUUAGCAUACCUAAAUCCAUACCCCCCCCCCACCUUUCAUCAUCACAUGGACUCAUAGCAUCAUACUCCCAUUGUUCAUUUAAGGGCCCUGUCAAGAUUAUUUCGCUAUAUCACAUUGUUUCUCUCUUCUUACGUCAUUUCUGCCAUUGUUUAUCAUGCCGUCACAUGACGCAGACAUUACCAAUGUUCAUUCCAUCACGUUGUCUCCUAACCAACAAGCCUCCCAUUGGAUCAUGUGAUAGUUCUAUCUGCUAUCGUUCAUCACUCCGUCUUCUAGCGCUACACCUUACAUCUUUAACCGCGCUGAAUCUCGCUACAAAAAAAAACAACAAAAAAAAACAACAACAAAAAACCGCCAUUGUUCAUUUCAUCAUGAUGUCAUUAAGCGUCAGACGUAUAAUGGCCAUUUCACGGUCUCAAAUCACCCUACACCUCCCAUUGUAAAUUACAUCGUGUCAUGCUUGCAUACCCUUCAUGAUUCGCUAGGUCGAGUCCCCUUUGAACACGUCUCAUUGUUCCAACGCCUUAACUGAAUUGAAUAUAAUUGCAACACGUGUCUUUAAGUUAAUAGUCAUAAAUGUGCUGUAAUUUUUUUCUGCUUUCAGUCAUAAGACUAUAAAAGUUUAUAAAGCUUAAGUUAUUUUUAUGCUUUAGCCAACAAAAUAAACCGCAGAAGAUGGAGUACAGGCAUUGCACCGACCAGCAAGGCAAACCACAAGUUCGUAGCUGCCAGCCUGGUUACAGUACUCGGCGCGGCUCACUUCUGAAAGAACCGUUAGCCGUCAUGCUCAAGAAGUGUUAACCUGCUAAAUUUUUACAUCGUAAAUAUUUCUAUUUCUAUGUCGCCUAUUUUUUAUGGCAUACUUUUAGCUUAUUUUUUUUUUCUCAUCAUGUUUUGAAAAUAUGCAGCGAAAUAUCAAUGAUAUUUAUUUUUAAUUUAUGUUUAAAAAAAAACAAAACAAAAAAACAUCGACAUCACGUUGAAAUUAGUCUUUUAAAACUACUUACUGACUGAUACUUUAAAAACAAGUACUGGGAGAUCGGAACAAGAUUUACUGAUAUGAAGAUGAGUAUCAUGUUCAACAAUGACAUUUUUUUUUCUACAUUUUAAGGGAACUAUUUUGAUUAACAUCUUUUUAAAGCACAC